GUGAGAGAGAGAGAGAGAGAGAGAGGUGGAGAGAGAGAGAGAGGUGGAGAGACCUGUACAGUGAGGGAGGGACAGAGCACAGUAGAGCGGCUAAAGCAUGAGAGUUUUGAAGGGACAGAAAGUGGAUGACUGAGCGACAGACUGUAGCGAGAGACGUCCAGAGGAAAACAUGCUGAACGAGGGAAGCUGACAGCAUCACACACACACACACACACACACACACACACACACACACACACACACACACACACACACAGGAUGGCGUCUACGAAUAGCUCUCAGGAAUACACACUGUGUACGCCAGAUGACACACUGUGUGAGAUCCGUACAUACGAGCAGGAAGUGAUCGUAGUCCCUGUGCUGCUGUUGCUCAGCUUUAUCGUGACGCUCAUAAUCCUGCUGCUGCUGCGCUUCUGUCCUGAGAAAGUGUACAAAGUACGCUUCAGGAGCGUGCGUCCAGCGAGCCACCGCCCCCCCAGGAUCAUCAACGGCAUCGAUGCUCCCCCGGGUCUGAAUGCAUUAGAAGGAGAGAGCAUAGCGCUAGAUGUGUCACCAACUUACGCCACGUUUUCAUCAUCAUUGCGCGGUGGAGGACCUGCGCGUGGAAUCGAUAAUCCUGUCUUCAGUAAUGCCGCGUUGUUGAACCCCUGCGAGGCCCCGCGCCAGCGCCUGCCGGAGAAAUUCAAGCUGGUGACAUCGCUGCCAAGUUCAUACGCACUGAAGGUGGACAGCAAUGUGUCGCUCUACAGAGCACGUAUGGAGAACCGCAACGUUGUGCUGCACGUGCUCAAUGACUCAGCGAGUGAGUCUGAGUGUGACUCCUUCCUUGGCUUCGCGUCCUUCCUGUCGGAGUUGGGUCCACAUCCGUUCCUGCCCGAGCUGAUUGGCGUCGUUUCGCUGCGAGCGCCGCUCAUCAUGGUCGUGGAGGAACUGGAGAACCAGGACCUGCUCAGCUACCUGUGGAAGUGCAGACAGGCAGGACCUGACUCUGGAGUGAUGACCGAGAGGCAGAUCUUCACUAUGGCCUCUCAGGUGGCUUCCGCUUUGGAUUUCCUUCACUCCAAAAAUCUGAUUCACGGAAACAUCAAAGCCCGCAGCGUGUUAGUUACCCAGAUGCGCACAGCUAAGCUAUGGGGUCUCGGCGAUGUGUACAUGAGGAAAACGUACGGCUAUAAUUACAAAAACAGUCCCGGGCAGAAGAAAUGGCAGGCACCAGAAAUCCUGGCUAACAGAGCAGCCAGCCAGAAGAGUGACGUGUGGUCGUUUGGUCUGCUGCUGUACGAGAUGGUGACUCUCGGCGAGGCUCCAUUUGCUGAGGUUCCCGUUAAUGAACUGUUGCAGUUUCUCCAGAGAGGAAAAUCACUGAAGAAACCACACGGGUGCUCUAACUCACUACACACCAUCAUUAAAAGCUGCUGUCACUGGAAAGAACAAGACCGCUUGUCAUUGGCUGAGCUGAGACACAAACUGCAAUCAGGAGAGAAAAGUGCCAACGACAGAACGGUUCUCCGGGCGUCUCAGCCAAUCACCAUCGGGCAUUACCUUCAGGAGGCGGGAUAUGGAGAAGCGUAUAAUAACUACACCGUUUUCUGACCCAACGGGAUUUUGGGGGAUUUGAAAGCCCCACAAAAAAAGGACUCAGCUGGACUUGGACUCUGUAUUUACUUCCUCAGUACGACCAAAAUGAUGGUAUAACCUUUAAUUUCCCACCAGUUUAACCUGCACCGUGGAAAAAUGGUACAACCCGGCUUCACAACACCUCCCCCUCCCGCAACACAGGCCAUUGGUACAGCCCAAAUGAACAUUAUUACCCUGUAACCUAGCAGUUUAUAUUAACGACAGAUUUAUAUUGUUGUAUACAUAUUUAAAACAAAAAACAACAACUCUGCACAGUGUUUCACACUUAAUCAACUUUGUGCCAUUUUAAUGAGUCCCAGUUUGAGCAAAUCCAACACCAGAUUCAGUUUCCAGUACUUUCUAUGCAUCUUUACAGCUUUCUAAAUGGGUCCUGAGGGGAAAAAAAAACUGUAAAUGUCCAAAUAAACUGUCUCACUUGAGACGUAAUAAAAGAAGACCAAUCACAUA